UGGGGAAUAAGCAUUGUAGGCGGAGAGACAGCGAGCCUUUAGAAUAAGCAAAGAAAAAAAAGAAACUAAAAGUGUGUGAGAAAAAUAUCAAUUUGAAGCUUCUUCAUCAUCAUCAUCUUCUUCCCCCCUUCUGUACUCCCCGCUUCUCUGAAUCCCUUUCUGUUAAUUAUCUGUCUUUCAGGUUCUGGUUUUUGGGUUUGUUUUUAAAGGAAUGAACAAUAACCAAACUUAGGAUUGUGUAAAGCCAGGUAUUUUCAGAAUCGAGAUCCAGUUUUUGUGUUUUUACUUUUUGUUUUUCUGUAGUUUAAUUACUUUGUUUUUGUUGCUCUCUUUUUUCAUUCUUUUUUUUUCUAACGAUCAAUCUGCAUGGAGGGUGAAUUUUAGUCCCUGAAGGUUGGUUUUCUUUUCUUCUUUCUGUUUUUUUUUUCUCUUUUUUGGAAGUUGAAGGGGUUGUCUAUUUACAGACCUCUUUGAUAUUUUUAGUCGUGGCCUGUUCUUUCUAUUUUAACAAGAAUCGGGUUCAUCUGUAGGAUUUUUUAUUUUUCUUUUCAUUUUGGAUUCUUUCAUUUUGGUGAACCAUUGAAAGUAAUGGCAGCUGCCAUGGAUUUCUAUAAUGAAGGAUCGCAAACAGACCACUUCGGUGGUGAACUAAUGGAAGCAAUUGUACCUUUUAUUAAAGUUGCUUCCUCCUCUUCUUCCUCUCUCUCUACUUUCCCUUCUUCUUCACCAACACCUUAUCUCCCUCCUCAUUAUUCUUCUUCCUUCAAUACUCACCUCAACUUCUCUCACUCUGCUUCUCAACAGUCCAAUUUGUACCCAAAUGGCUGCUCCACUUCGAUGAACCCAGUAUUUUCAGAUGGGUUCUCGACCCAAAACCUCAUUGGUUUCGAACAGCCAUUCACAAUUGGACCCCAUCAGUUAUCAUCAUCUCAAAUCCCUCAUUCCCAACCUCAAAACAGCUUUCUUCAAAACCAAACCCCACUAGCCUUUGCUUGGGGCGAACAAAACUAUCAACCACCAUCCUCCUCUGAACAACAAACGCCCAGCUUCCUCGCCCCCAAGCCGAUCCCAAUGAAGCAAGUGGGUUCGUCUUCAAAACCCACAAAGCUUUACAGAGGGGUCAGGCAACGGCACUGGGGAAAAUGGGUGGCCGAGAUCCGACUCCCUAGGAACCGAACUCGGCUCUGGCUUGGUACCUUUGACACUGCUGAAGAAGCUGCCUUGGCAUAUGACGAGGCAGCCUUCAAGCUCCGAGGGGAUUCUGCCAGACUUAAUUUCCCCAACCUCAAGCACCAAGGUUCCUGCGUUGAAGGCGAAUUCGGCGAGUACAGACCUCUACAUUCCUCUGUAGCUGCAAAGCUCCAAGCAAUUUGUGAUAACUUGGCCAAGCCGCAGAAACAAGGCAACUCAAAGAAGCCUGUUACUGCAGCUAAGAAGUCAAGGUCCCAAUUCUGCUCAAUGGCUGAGGAAACAGCAGCUGUUAAGGUGGAGAACUCCUCGUCGCGGGCUGUCACUGAGAGCGACGGGUCUGAAGCGUCUUCGCCUUUAUCAGAUCUUAUAUUUCCUGACUUCACAGAGUUGCCAUGGGAUCAGAAUCAAGCUUGGGAGAAUUCAAUGCUAGAGAAAUAUCCAUCGGAGAUCGAUUGGGCAUCGAUCUUAUCUUAAUAAUUCGUUCGAAAUCUUCAUCGGCACCUGCAACAGAGUUUUAUUGAAGGUUGCAGGCCAAGGCUCAAGGCUCAGAUUCUUUUAAAUGGGCAUUGUGUCAAUAUCAUGUAAAUGUCCAUGGUCGGCUGGUUUUUUUUUCUUGCUAGACCAUGAAUGAAUUAGUUUUCGUUUUCUUUUUUCUUUUUUCAGUUGUAGUAACCGUAAUCAUUUUUUUAUUGGUAUGUUACUAUUGUCUAUUAUUUGCGGUUAAACAAAUGGUGAGUUCAACA